UCGCUUGUGUUUCUCCGGCGACGGAGCCUGACGGAGCGAAAGCAAAGAAGCGGGCAGAAGAGAAGCCUGCUUGCGGAGAGUGGAUCCUCGUGGAGAGAGCGAGGCCAGCGACGCUUCGUUCGUCGGCCCGUGUGUAGCACGCGAUUGUUCUUGACGGUGCGGGUCGUUCACAUUUGGUGGUGCCCAGCGAGAUUCGGAGUACACGAUCCCCGAACAAACUCUUCGGCUGCUUAAACAAGGAAACGCCCCCAGGCUUGCGAGUGGAACCAAAACAAACGGGCCCUACGAUGGAGUGUGGUCUGGCAGCGGGCACAGGGUCCCUCAAGGGAGAGUGCCUCGCGGCUGGUCCCAAGUCGCUGCACGUCAACUUCGAAGGAGGCGACAAGGAGGAGCUUCAGGACCGCAAGAAAAAGUACCUGACAGCCAAGUAUGGCCCGCACCAAAUGAGCCUCAUUAAGAAGCGGCUGCGUGUUGAAAUGUGGAUGUACGAGCAGCUCCAGCGACUUUUUGCCUGCUCUGAUGACAACCACGACAUUGAAAUAGACUUGGAUGAGCUCUUGGACAUGGAGAGCGACCAUCGUCGAAGAGACUUUCUCAGGACAAAACUGAAGGGUGCCAAACAGACUCGGGACCAAGUUGAGAUGUUCAUCGACGAGCUGAUACAGCGCGCCAAGACCCUGUGAGAACAUCCACCAGCAAGGUGUUCGUCCUAGUCAUCAGGACCCAUGUUCUUAAGAAAAUCUCACCACACCCAUACGCUUGUAUUCCACACCCCACUGUGUCCUCAACGUGUCCUAUUGUGUAUUUUUUUUUUACCUGCAUGUUGCAGCGAAGGCAUGUUUUCCCAUCACCACACCGUUCAUGCUCACCUAAAUACCUUGGCCGCAUGCAGCAGCAUUCUAGUUGGCAAAGGCAGACGAUAAAACGAGAUGCGCCCGCUCUCUGAAAGUAUCAUUGAGAAUGUCUGAAACUGUCACACCGCGCAUGAGUUUUGGGUGAUCAAGGCAAGCUGAUUGGCUGUUCACAUGCCAUUUCAAGAGUGUAUGGAAUACCUUGGUCAAGACCGAGCUUUGGGUAGUACUUGCUUGUGGAGUACGUGAGGCUGUUGCAUGCGACUUUUUGCAUCCCCAGAAAGUGAUCACUUCGUUGUGCCCUGUUCGGCUUUAUCUUCAUCACCUGAAGUACUUGUCCUGCACGGGAGCCGCUACGGUGGCUAAGUGGUUACAGUGUUCGGCUGCUGGCCUGAAGGAUGUGGUUUGUAUGCCGGCCGAUGGUGAUCGCAUUUCGAUGGAGGUGAAAUGCUAGGGGCCUGUGUGCUGUGCGAUGUCUGUGCACAUUAAAGAACCCCAGGUGGUCGAAAUUAUCCGGAGCCCCCACUAUGGUGCCUCUCAUAGCCCUAGUCGCUGUGGGACAAUAAACCCCAUAAAACAACCAACCAUCAUUGCGAGCAGCCAUCAUCCUGCUUGGUGUUGAUGAUGGCAUGGGAUGAGUAGUCGCAGUGAUGAUGAUGCUACACCGUGAAUAUUUCCCUGAAAGGGUAGUAAGAGAGGCAAUGCCUGCUAAGCCUGCUGAAGGAGCCACUAAUUGUCUUCUGCAGAAAAGGUGGUUAUCUUUAAAAGGUCAUUACUAAUUUGAAAAAGUGCUCUCGUGUGUUGCUGAAGCAAAGGGUACAGAAUAGGGAGCGCAAGUUUCCCAUUCCUUUUUAGUGAAGUAUUCUUGAAUGGAUCAAUUUGGGACGCUUCCUGACUUUUCAUCUAGCUGGUACACAACUGACGAGACCCAGUAGAGACACCAAAAAGCAGGAGACCUUCUCGCGAUCUACAUUUACAACAGAUGUAUGCAAACAGCUGUGCUUCAUUAGACUGUGGUGCACAACUGUUUGCACACUUGCAAAGCCAGAGUACUUGACUCGGAAUGCUGCUUGUAUUUGAAAAUCUAAUAUUGGAAGGCUAAUCUUCGUACAAAUCAGCUGGUUCUGCAAGAGGGAAGACUUAAGAGCUCUGCCACGUUUAGCAGGAAGCACGCGUGUGCAACAGUGAACAAGUGAAGCUGUGCUCAACUGCAUGUUUCGUGUAUGUUCUGCUUCUGAGAGCUUUGGUGCUGGGUUCCAACUACCUGUUCUGCCCUACACCAGUCUUCUGUUUGAUCCAUAACAAAGCCAACAUCCACACUUUAUGAUUUGUUGGAUAACUGUCAAACAUUGGCCACUUGGAAGAUAAGAUAUUUAUGGUGUUUCCAGUGCUGUUUUUAAUGAUGUUUGUCAGGUCUUCGACUUCUUAACGAGUUUACCAGUGGGUGGCGCGCAACAGUGGAAAUUUGCUUGUGGACUGUAAAAUGCUCGAAGCAGCCUGCCUGCAUAAACUUGCCGCUAACGUGCUGUUAACUGUGUAACAAGCGCAGCAAACAUUAUUUCACAUGACGAGCACUUACUCCUUUAAGAUGUUGCAUAGAUUGGUGAAGCAGUGCAGUUAACAGACAUGGCCACACCUAGCAUCUGGUGCAGCUCUCACGUGCAUGGCACCAACACUAAGGCUUUCAGCUUGUGCAGUACUGCGGGCGGAGCCAUUUUGCUCAUUCAAAUGGUGAAUGCGCGUCUCUCAAGGAUUAUGCAGCAUGCAAAGGCUUCUAUGAAAGUGUGGGUGCGACAGCGAAUACCUGCUCGAAAACAUUAAAAAGCAGUGCGCCCUGCCUGCAUUUGCCCAAGCCAUCUUAUUGCUGCGUCUAGAUGAUGCUAGAUUUAUGAAGCUGUCCAUAAUUUUCAUCUAAAUGUUUGACCUUCAAUGUGCUAACUGCGUCUCCAUGCCAGUUGUGCAUCAUACCAUUUUUUCUACAAAGAGGAAGUUCUCGAACUGCCUUAGGAUUAGUUAAGGCACUGAACAACUGUUCAAAAGAUUUGCGGAGAAAUGUUUUUUUUACGCUUGAGCUGCUCUUCCAAGUCCACAGAUGCGUUAGUACAAGUAGAUUUUAUCAGAUGUUCUGAGUAGGAGUUUGCAUAUCAUUCUAAUUCAGUGCUUUCAUAGUUUCUAUGCAAACACAGCGUCUCUAGCUGCUUUCAAUAAACAAGGAUGAAAAGUUUUCAGGCUGUCACUAGGUGCAAUGGAGUGGAUAUGCUAGAUUGCCCGCAAAAAGGCUUGUAGCAGUAGGCUAGCUCUCUCUCUUUUCCACAGAUGAUUCGAGGAGCUAUCGAGCCCCCAGUGCCAUUUUACAACCACGCUGAUACGCAACUUGCCAUGCUGCCUUAAUGCAGACAUUUUUUGGUAUUUGUUAGACAGUAGUACAUUGGAUAAUUGAAAUUAUCUUUGCGAUACUCUUCAUACUGAUAGUCCUCCUCCUAAUAGUAUGCUGUCUGUGUAGAAGCUAGUGUUUCACUGCAAUGCCAGAUUGGAUGUCCAUGAAGGCCUUUCUGCUUGUGCUAGAAACUUAAGUAAAUUUUAACUGUAAUAGAUAAUGUUAAAUGCAUUCGGUUGCUUCAUUCAGAGCACCUGGAGUGGGAUUGAGAUUAUGCAGAAUGUUUGGCUUGGGCACGCACUCUUGGGCACCAACGUCAAGAUGUCUAUGUUUUGUUACAGACAGUUUGAACCUGCCUGUCCUAAAUGCCAUUUUGUUUGACAAAAGAUGAAACGCGAGUACAAAAAGUUGUUCUAGGACGCUCGGGCCAUGCGUAAAAGCUUGAAGUGGCUCUGAAUGUUGUCUUUUUCACAGAGUCUAUGAGAGAGAAAAGUACUGUUGUUUUCAACAUGACAUUGAAGAAGUCGUGGGGUCGGUAGGUGAUCAUGAGAAGCAGCUGUCAUACAAUCUCGUUUGAAGAGGAAGACUGUAGCAUGUUGCUGUUGCUGUAGUUUGUAGUAUAUCAUGGUAAGAUGUACCUGCUUUUGGGUGACUCAGGCUUGUUUAGGAGCUCGAAGAUGUUUUAAUCUUUCACACUAAAAGCAUGUUGUUUUCUUUCCCUCUACUUUUAAUCCUGAUGCUACUGCCAUCUAGAAUAUACAUUUUUUUAAACCAUACUUUUGGUGCAAGACUCAUUUUCAUGGUGCGAGUUGUUUUGCUGCAAACACAAGGCAACUUGGUGUUAACAUUUUACUGUAAUGUGGAAUACGCGCAAUGGAAAUUACCUAUGUGGUGUACAUACUGCUGCCACUAGGCCUUAUUGGCAAACACACAGCAUGUUUAUUGUGUUCAUAUUGUGUUUUAAGCUACUGCACUCCAUUUGUCCAGUGCAGGUUUUUAAACUUGAUUUAGCAAGGACACUUCAGUACAUGUGCCAUGAACACAGCACUAGUGUGUGCCUUGAAAAUGCUCUUAUCUUUUUUUUGCGUGGUAUACCUUGCGUGCAUAGCACAUUGUCACCAAACAAGUGAACUUUUCGAACGAGCAGUGAUUUGCACCCACAGUGUUUAUAUCAGCAUGGGUGUUUUGGAAUUCAGUGUUUUUCUUUAGUUUUGUUCACUCGCUAGGUUUGCAUGCCUUUGGCAACCUCACUUGUUGCACUUCGCUUCAGGUGCAACUUCACUUUGAUGUUACGUUCAAUCACUGGUCGAUAUCUGACCACCAUGGUUGCUUCCCAGUGUUGACGACUUGCUGUUGUGUUACCGUUUCCAAUGUGUGUUUAUUCACGCACCAAUAUGUUUGACACUUUUGCACUCUUGACAUUUUUGUGCACAUCAUUGCGGGGCAGCUUUGGGGCCUUCAUUUUUCAUGCACUCGUAGCGAAGCAUUCAGUUAGUACGCUGGUGCCAUGCAGGACGAAAUCAACAGUGCAAAAGCUGUUCAGUUUCUUCUUUCGAGCGUUGGUCAGUUGCGCUAUUGUGCGGUUAUUUCUUGGGUAAAUGUGCUCGUAAACAGCGCUGGUAGUUGACUACGAGGCCAUGGUGGUGCACGUGCUUGAGCAUUGCGUUUGGUAUAAGGUUGCUUGCUUGUUAAGAGAGUUUGAAUACUGCGUCUGUAUUUUAAGAGAACCUAGUAUGGAACUAGAUGCAUAUGCAGGUGGGGAAGAAUACAAACUUAUCUGGGCAUAUAGCCCCACCAUGUACAAGACAAAACAUUGAGAGUACACAGUCUGUCGUAACAAAAAAAUGAAAUGGUAAAAAGCUAACAAGGAACCCCUAAAUUCUUCUAUAUCUGCAUACAUUCUUUGCAGAGUGUAGCAGGGUCACUUGGUAUGAAUCCAUCUUAAAAAAAGUGCAAAGACAAGCUUUUGCACUGUUUUUUAUAAUGGAUACAUUCCUUGGCGAGGCCACUCGUAAACUUCAUGGCAGUACGGUUAUGCAAUAGCACCUUAAUACUGGACUAUUACUUGGCACUACUGGAUCCUGUGUUUCAAUUGGAAUUCCAGAAUUCAUUUCUUAUUAGUUUCUCAUGUGCAUCUUGCUCCAUGCUUUCUUCUCUUCACAUCUGUUUUAAUGAUGCAUUGUGUUGGCUAUAUACGUAACUGUUUACCCUGUUGUGUCUUUCCUUUGCAAACCACUCUUGCAGCAGUAACUGACCUGUUAGGAUGGAGUUUUAGAAGGGGUACCGGACCACUUUUCCAAGUAAUCAUCGAAUGACUUCAUUAACUUAGUUUAUGGCCUCACGAAUCGAUUGCCACAAAAAAUUCUGGAAUCCCUCAGGGACGGGUGGAGUUACAGGGAUUUGGUGCACACUUUAAGCGCAUUCUCCCUUCUCUCAUCCCAACAAGCGCACUAGAAGCUUCGAGAAAAGAAGUUACAUAAGCGCGCGUCAUGAAACACGAUUGCUCUCUCCCGCUGCGAUUCCUACGUGCACUAGCGUUGCUACUGUGCAAUUUUAGCAUAUUACAGAGCGCGGUGCCGGCACAUGGAGACGCCCAGUGGCAAGAAGCGCAUCUGUUCCAAAUGCCACUCAUGAUUUGUCAGCUGCCGGCAAAGCAGUAAUCUGCUGUUUGAUGACAUACAGCUGGCACCCCGCCCACCGAAGUGAGCGAGGAUGGAGCCUCUGUACGAAGAAAGGGCACCUAAAAACGGGGCAACUUUGCACUCUGUUUGUAAACACUAAGUGCCGCGCGCAGUUACAAAAUUUAGCUGAACUGAUCGCAGCAGUGUUAUCUGUUUGUAGAAUGUGUUUUUUCACCAAGCCCAGGGCUACUGGGCUUGGUGAAAAGCCCAACUACUCCUGUUGAGCUGAGCGUUUACAGCAUACUGGUCUACAAGAAGCAUUACCCUUACAAGUUGCAUGCAGCCUUGCUGCAUAUAUACACAGCACUCCUACUGACAAAUGCUGAACAGUAAUGGCUGCCUGCUGAAUUGAACAUUUGUAACCUAUGGUUAGUCAUGCUAACAACAGUUUACCAGCACACACAGCUUGCAAAGCUUGCAGCCAUAUGCUUUGAAGGAGUACCGACACAAAAUUUUGAAGGCAAAAUAACUUGGCGAGAUCUGCGUGGAUGAGAUCUCUGUGGAUACACUGACCUGCCGCGGUGGUUAAGGUGCCUGACUGCUGACCCGAAGGUCAUGGUAUCAAAUCCCGGCCGCAGCGGCUUCACUUUGAUAGAGGGAAAAUGCUAGAUUUAGGUGCACUUUAAAGAAUCCCAGGUGUACGACAUUUCCAGAGCCCUCCGCUACAGCAUCUCUCAUAAUCAUGGGACUUAAAACCCCAACAAUUCUUAAUCAUCGAGCAAACGAGGCUUCAAGCUGUGAUAAGAGGAUAAUUAGCUAUUUAUUGCAACAGAAAAAACGAUUUAAAAUUUGUGUCAGUACUCCUAUAAGUGUCACGUUUGAAUCGGGAGCACUGUGCAUCAAGCUGACACGCUAAUAGCACGGUUACUGCUGGAAGAGUUUCACGUGAGCACUGAAAAACUGCUAUGUGGUUGGGCGGUGUUGUAAUAUUAUUCCCAACAUUUUUUACACCAAUGUUCAUAUCAAGCAUUGUGAUGAGAUUGUUUGAUGAGAUGGUUAUGAAUAGUUAUUAAAAGGCACUUGUGCUUUUGUUUUACCCCCUUUUUUUUCAGUUUGGUUGCCAGCCAACGUUUAAAAAGAAAAAUUGUUGUCAUUUUACAGUGUUUCAUUGUAUUUAUUUGCAAGCUCAUCUACUUAAAAGCAGAACACUGUACAGAUGUUUUUACAUGCCAUGUUACUUGUUUUUUUUUUUUUCUUCUAUACACAAAAAUGCUUGUCACCAAAGGAGACUUUGAAGACAAUAAAAAAAUGUCGCUACAAA